AUGGCCGAGGCGGAUGGAAACAAAGGGGGCGGUGACUGUCUGGAGCCCCACAUGCCUGAGUGGGCCCCAGACCUGGCCUUGGCACACAGCCAGGUGAGGAAACUGCACAGUGGCAUGAAGACAUACGGGUGCGAAUUAUGUGGGAAAAGGUUCCUGGACAGUCUGCGCCUCCGGAUGCACUUAUUGGCUCAUUCAGCGGGUGCCAAAGCCUUUGUCUGUGAUCACUGUGGUGCACAGUUCUCUAAAGAAGAUGCCCUGGAGAGUCACAGGCAAACACACACCGGCUCCGACAUGGCCGUCUUCUGCCUCCUCUGCGGGAAACGGUUCCAGACUCAAACCGCCCUCCAGCAGCACAUGGAAGUCCACGCAGGGGUGCGCAGCUACAUCUGCAGCGAGUGUAACCGUACCUUCCCCAGCCACACAGCCCUCAAGAGGCACCUGCGCUCCCAUACGGGGGACCACCCUUACGAGUGCGAAUUCUGUGGCAGCUGCUUCCGGGACGAGAGCACUUUGAAAGGCCACAAGCGCAUCCACACUGGAGAGAAGCCCUACGAAUGCAACGGCUGCGGGAAGAAGUUUAGCCUCAAGCAUCAGCUGGAGACCCACUACAGGGUCCACACAGGCGAGAAGCCGUUUGAGUGCAAGCUGUGCCACCAGCGGUCCCGAGACUACUCCGCCAUGAUCAAGCACCUCAGGACCCACAACGGAGCCUCGCCGUACCAGUGCACAAUCUGCUUGGAGUACUGCCCCAGCCUUUCCGCCAUGCAGAAACACAUGAAGGGCCACAAGCCGGAGGAGAUCCCCACUGACUGGAGGAUAGAGAAGACCUAUCUGUACCUUUGCUAUGUCUAAAGGAAGGAAGGGACACGAGGAGGGACACGGACUGGGCAAAACCCCGAAUCGACCUCGGCCUCACCCUUCCCUUCUUUCCCUUUCCCCUCUUCCUCCUUUCCCCUGCCUGGUUUCCGUUCCCGUAGGGUUUAGUCGUCUUCCUUCUGGCCUGCUGGUGCCCUGGGGAGAAGGGAAGGAGAAGAGGGAGGGUUCGGGAGAAGAAGGAACCCGUCUGAGUUCGGCCCUCACCCGUGGCUCAAGUGGUCCCACUGGGGUUUGGUGUCCCCCCUGGGCAGAAGGGUCUGGGAUGCUGACCAGGAGGGUUGUCAGAUGGUCACUCAAGGCUCCACCUGUGAAGUCCCCUCCCCCCCCCACCACCAAGAAACGAUGGGGAGGGUUGUGUUGCAAAGGGUUUGGGGCCCGCUGUUAAAUACGUCUUUUCCCGUUUCCAUAAGCCAACCACCCACAGGGACAGGGAAAGGCACGCCAGUGCAAGAGGCUCCAUUUUCAGGGGGAAAAGUCUCCAGAGGCCACUGUUCAUGGGCAUUCCUUUUUUGGAUGCCGGGUGUGGCCAUUUCGGUGCCCUAAAGCCUGUUAGUCACCCAGUGCCUGAGCUGGACUAGCUACCCCAUCUAGACAUGGAGCCGCUGUUGAGCAGAGAGGGGUAGGUCAGCUGGCUUUCUUUGCCUCAACAGUCCAGGUGAAAAGUACUUGUAUUUCGUGGGAUUUGGCCCCCUGCUUCUUGCAGGAGCGGGAAGGAGACCUUGCAUUAUUCUCGUAGUCUUCCCCUUCUCCCCGGGGGGUCAGCGUGGAGAGGGUCUCUCUCUCUCUGUCUCUCUCUCCCUUUUCUCUGUCUCUCCUUCUCUCUCUCACCCACCGUCCAGCUCAACCUGCGCCCCAGUCCCAAGCCACCUGUGUUCCUUCUUGUCCCUUGAGUCUUGACAAUUGGCCAAAGGGGCUGUCACUCCCCCCCCCCAGGCCCGUGAAGUGUGCCGGCCACCUGGCUGUUCUGCCCAGUCCUCUGUCAGUGGCACCAUCAAGAUGGCUUUCCUUUGUCUCAGUGUUCGUAAUGUUGUUGGGUUUUGUUUUUUUUGUUUUUAACAAUGCUUUCCGCAUUUAGCACAUUGUACUUGAAAUUACCUCGGUUUCUUGUGACCUCAUGAGCUUAUUUGUUUUCGCUUUGGGAAGGGGGGGGACACGUGUUUUGGGUUGAUUGUCAAAAAGGCUGCGUGGAGGAGGCCGGGGAGGGGAGCGUUGGGGUGAAGCCGCCAAAGUGCCGCUGGGCAGCCGCUAAAGCGCCGUCAGCUCUGGUUUCCGUGUCAGCCUUAUAAUUUUUUAUGUGUGUGCAUUAUUGUUACCAAAAUUGGUAUUUUGUUUUUAAUGACCCGCUUGGUGUAAACGGGGGGUCGUAUUA